AUGUUGGAGGGUGUUAUUCUGGACAGGGAAAUCGGUAACCUUGUCAAUGUUACCUGGUCGCCUCUCAGGCUCCCUUGUUUUGGGUCGGAUGUGUUUUCCUUUGAGCAUUUGUUAGGGGAUUCUUCCUCUCCCCCUGAAAUUAUUCCUCUUCCUCAUGUUCCUUCUAGUGCAGGUGUUGGAUCAUCCAUCAACUCGUCUCUUUCUCGUAAACGCAAACGUACAUUAACUCCUUAUCAGUUUGAGGAUUUUCUUCGUGAGGAAGUGAAGUUUUUUUUAUGGAUCUUGACCCUUCGUGAUCGUUAUCUCUCUGUUGAAGUUAACCUAUGGGCUGCUGAUAGUAUGAAGUUGGAUGGAGAGGAGGUUCUUAUGAAGGAAGGUGGUAUGUAUGUCGAGUUAGUUGAGCAACAUCGUGCUGUGAUUGGUAUGGUUGUUGUCUUGGAGAAUCUAAGAGCAUUGUUGGAGGCUGACUAUAAGAGGUGUCUUUGGGAGAAUGAAGUUCUUCGUGCUCAAUUGUCUACUAAGUUAUCUUAA